AGCGUCGAUUGCCUGAGCGUCAUCACGUCAGUCGGCACCGAGCAGCCGGGCACGAACCAUACACACAACUCGAAAGAAAGAAAGCGUCGAGCGAGCAAGCAGCAGCAAGCAGAAAAUUAGAUUUCCAUAUCAUAUUGAGACUAAAUAGUAAAAAAAACUUUCCAUUUUUGUGCCUGCGAAAUUUUUGAUUUUGAAAAGCCCGCGCCGUUCAAAAGGAAAGAAAAAACCCUGUGCAUCAUCGCGCCGGAAGAAUACACACAUUCGUUUUUGAAAUUGAACCGGCAAAGAACAAAAAUUUGAAGAGUGCGCGUGUGGUUCCGCACAUAUUCGUCUGAGCUUGGAACCUGCAAAACAAGUGGAUUAUUCAUUCAUCUUCAGCGGAGACAAUCAUCAGCAGGAAACGAUGGUGCGAUGGUGAUGCGGCGCUACCCGAUCCGCUGUCCAUCAUUAGCGUCGUCAAGGCGGGUGCAAUUGGCAGGAGGAGCGGGAGGAGCCAAAAGAGCUGCGGCGGCAACGGCGGCAGUCACAAGGACCUGCGAGGCGGCGUUGAGUCACCACCACCACCACCACUACCACGGCUGCGGCGGCAGUGAUUCUCCUUUGGCCUCAGUCUCGAUUCAGACCCUCGAUGCUCUUCCGCAUGGCGGGAAGAUGAAGCCGUUCAAGUACAAACCGCUCGGUGGCGUUUUCAUCAUUGGCCGCCCAUUUCACGCCUGUCGAGCCUCACCAACGGUGCGCCCCGCAUCCACUCUAUCCUCCUCUGCGGCCGUCCAGCAGCAGCAGCAGCUGAAUAAUAGUCGACCCAAUCAAGAGUGCCAGUGCUAAAAAGUGUGCGUGUGCCUUGCUCAAUCGCCUCCAAUCGAAUCCGAGGUUCUCCAUUGCGCUCGUUCAGAGGUUUUGUGUGGCGUGGGGUUGGUGUGGCCGCUCGUUUUUCAUUCACAGACACAGACACACACACAUACACACCCACCCACCGGCCAAAAUGGACCAGCCGUGCGAUCGAGUUCCACUACUUAUUCACCGUACUCAUCGUCUUCAAGACAUUGUGACGUGACAGUGCGCCCCCAGCUGCCGGACGAACUCCCCGACGCCGCGGCCCUUUUGCAUCAGAUCGUAUCCGACGAGUGUGCUGUGCUGUGCAUGUGGCGCGAUCAAACACGAAAAAGCGAAUUCAACACCAGUUUUCCGGGGGAUUAUUAUUCAAUAAAAAAUCAAAUUAAAUAAAAAAAGCCAAUCAUUCGCUCCCUUUUGGAUCCUGCGCUCGGUUCCAUUGUCGUCGCUCCCGUCCCGUUUGAUUGAAACUCGAAUUGUUCAAGUGCAAAGUGAUUCAAAAUCAUCAUCAAAGUGAUCAACCAUAAAAAGAAAAAGAUUUUCCAAAAAGGGGGGGACCAAGUGAACACAAAAAGAGAAACUAUUAGUGACGUCAUUUAAAUUUUUUUCCGAGAAAAAAUCCUAACCCUUUCCAUAAAAACCCUUGAACAAAUUUUUUUGGGGUUUUUCUCACCUGGGUAAGAAAAAGAAGAAAAAAGAAAAAAAGAGAAAAAUUUCAUUUCUGGGUGGUUUCUUUUUUUCUUUUUUUGGUCUUCUCCGCCUCCGCCUGCGGACGUUGAUUUCGUUUUUCCAUUUUCUUUCCUUUUUGACGUGUGGCGGGUGUGCGCGCGUGUGUGUUGUGUCGGUGACGAACGCGCAACGCGCCGACCGGCCAGUCGACACGAGGAAAUGAAUUGGCCGACAAGUUCGCCGUCACUCCUCCUGGUGUUGCCGGCCUCAGCCACUACUACUACGACUACUGGUAACACGUCCAGCAGCAAACGAGUCGUCGCCUCCUCUUCAACAUCUUCAUGGACAGUUUGCACCACCGUCUUGACCAUCGUCGUUUUGGCCGUCUUCACUCACCUUGCAGAAUCGACGAGUACGACGAAUUCAGCCUCCGGAUGGGAUUGGACGGCCGGAAGAAACAGUAUCGACAUUCUGGACGAGUUGGCAGCCGUCCGGCUCAAUUUGACGGGCGUCGAAGUUGCCCCGGGACCUUACAGCAUUUCACCUGCUCUCUAUUUCACAGGAGACAAUCGGACCAUCCGACUAUUGGAGACUUCCUACGCCAAGGUGAUGACACUGCUCCAAUCCCACCAUGACAUCACCUUCGUGGCUGCCGUCCGGCAGGAGCCGUACAAUGUUGGCACGCUCUUCUCCCUAUCCGAGGGAUUCACUAGGUUUCUAGAAUUGCAAAGCUCAGGCCGCAAGGAUGAGAUUCGGUUGCACUACAAUCACCUGGGAGCGCCUCGGACCGAAACGUUCAAUUUCCGGCUGGCCGACGGCGCUUGGCAUCGGCUGGCCGUGACGGUCAGCGGUGGCGUCGCCUCUCUCUACGUUGAUUGCCAUCGAGUUGAACGACGAUGGAUGGCCGCCAUUCCCGACACGGCCGUUACUCCGGAAUCCUCGCCGCUUCCUGUCCAGGAGCAGAACAAACCCGGCAAGAUGUCGCUCUGGAUUGGACAGCGCGGCGAUCAACAUUUCCUAUUCAAAGGAGCUAUGCAGGACGUGAAAUUAGUGGCCGGAAGUAAUGGCCACCUGGUGCAAUGUCCAGCGGCUGAAGCCGAAUGUCCGACCUGCGGCGAGUUUCACAGUCUCCAAUCGGUCGUUGCCCGACUCGAGAAAUCUUUACAACAUCUGACCAAUAAGUUGGAACACGCCGAAGAGCGGCUGACGCAACUGGAACAGUGCGACUGCCCGCGUUCCUGCAGUGUCAACGGGACGGUUCACGCUGACGGGUCGAGUUGGAAUUCCGACUGUGAAGUGUGUUCGUGCCACAAGGGGCAAGUGACAUGCAGUCCUGUUCAGUGUCCGGACACUCCGUGCCGUAAUCCAGUCCAGCUGCCGGGCGAGUGCUGCCGAACAUGCUUAAAGCAGUGCUACUUCCGCGGAUUGAAUUACGAUCACGGCGAGCGGGUGAGUCCACGUCACUGCCUGGAAUGUCAAUGUCUCAACGGGUCGAUGCAGUGCAGGCCGUUGGACCCUGAGCUCCAUUGCCCGGCUCUUUCCUGCCCGCCGUCCGAGCAAUUCACCGUGGCCAACGAGUGCUGCCAGCAAUGCCCAGGAGUGGAUUAUUGCGCCUCUGCGAAUCGCGUUUGUCACGCUCGUGCGCAGUGCAUCAACCUGCAGACAACCUACGCCUGCCACUGUUCGCCCGGCUACACCGGUGACGGCAAACAUUGUUCUGAUAUUAACGAAUGUGACACGGAAGGUGGUCCGGGAGGUCACCGCUGCGGUGCCAAUACGGUUUGUGUCAAUACGGCCGGCUCUUAUCGUUGCGACUGUCUGCCGGGCUACUACCACCUUGGAUCGGGUCCAGGAUCUGCCGUCGACGUCCAUCACAACGGCACCGAGUGCGUCGAGUACGAUGAAUGCGCUAACAAACUGGACAACGACUGCCAUCCGACGCUGGCCACAUGCCUCAACACGCCCGGCUCCUAUCAGUGCGCCUGUCGCCCGGGUUACCGAGGAAACGGAAUCGAAUGCGAACCCGUGUGUGAUCGACCGUGCCAGAAUGGCGGUCGAUGCGUCGGUCCCAACCAGUGCUCUUGUCGCCGAGGUUUCGAGGGCGACUAUUGCGAGAUGGACGUGAACGAGUGCGAGCGGACGGGCAACAAAACGACGGGCCAUCAGUGCCACUUGAAUUCCGAAUGCCGUAACAUGCCCGGAUGGUAUGCCUGCGCCUGCAAGCCAGGAUUCCGCUCGCCACGACAGGAUAUCCUGGACACCUUCCUCGGCGCUCUCUGUCAAGAUAUAGACGAGUGUGCCGAAGGGUUGCACAGUUGCCACGGUAACACUCAGUGCCUCAACACGAUCGGCAGCUACGAGUGCCGUUGUCCGCCCACCAAUCCCAAUUGCAGCUUAGUUUGCCACACGGAAGAGGGUGUCCGCCAAAGUGGCGAGACGUGGAUUUCUUACGAGAGUCCUUGCGUCAGCUGCCAGUGUCGGGAGGGCGUCGUGACCUGCUCCAAAUUGCCUUGCCAUUGCACUUCUACUUCUUCUUCUUCUUCUCCGCCCGCAUCCUCCUCUUCUUCAUCCGACGACUUGGAAGCGACAGCCAAAUUCGGCCUUCACCGGAAUCAAACCGUCGUUCAUCAUCCCAAUUCCGAACUGUGUUGUCCGCAGUGCCGGGCUAGCAAGUCGCAGCAAUGCCGGCACCAAGAGAAAUCGGAUGUCAUUUUCGAUUCCGGACAGCGAUGGAUUUACCAGUGCCAAAGCUGCGAGUGUCUGCAUGGAGAGACGGAUUGCUGGCCGAUGGAAUGCCCUCCCGUCUACUGUAGUCAUCCAAUUCGUCUUCCGGGUGAUUGCUGCCUACGUUGUCCGGACAGCGAUCCGUGCAGCGCCGUUGAAGAUUCGUUUACGACAAGUCAAUCGGGUGAACCCCUCGGGUGUCACCAUCUUGGUCGAAAUUAUACUCAAGGAGCCGAAUGGGCUGCCGGAUUAGACGGUUGCAACAACUGCAAAUGCAAGGAGCCGAUGUGCCAACGAAUGUUGGGCCGCAGUCACAGCGCUGCUCCCGCUCAUACUAAUCGAAUGGAAAGGUUUGCUGUCAGUAUGAUACUCGCUGCGCUCAGCAGCGCUUGGUGGUGGAUCUCGAGCACAGCACAGCUGUCCAGCACCGCCACAGACAUAAUCACCAGCCGCAACAACAACGACGAAUCGGAUCGUCCAAUCGAAUCCACCGCGCCUCACCGACGGCAGACGAUGCGGUCGAGCCGAAGAAAAAGGGUGGCGACACCUUCCAGGGCACAUCAUCGAUUAAAACAGCGACAUCGGAGGCGACCACGAGAAGCGGCGGAUCGCGCAUUACGACGGCUAAGACGGCGGGCCAUCGAAUGUCUAGAUCGGCCCGGCUGGUCCGCUCUAGCAGCAACGCGGACAAGAACGACGUAAAAUCAUUGCCACCGCCACCAGCACGACAGUCAACCAUAAUCCCAUCUGCUACCAACUCUAGUCCUUCUAGUGCGACGACGACGAAAGACGGCGGCAGCAACACGCCGCUCUCCGGUUCAACGAAAAGUCAACAUGUUCCAGGAGAAUCGGCAGGAGCGCAGGCCUUCUUGGUGGAUUCUGGAGUCACCUCAACCAAAAUUGUUAGUCAACAGCAACCAGAGUCAUCGGGUCCCACUUAGUUUAUGUACCAGUACCGGUACGCAAGUCUUAACAUGAACGCUGGUACGUAGUUGAAGUAUACAUAUAAAUGUUAUCAUCCUCCUCCUCCUAUUAUUCUGCUCUUGUUAAUUUUUGUUUUGUUUUCAUACCCCCCUAAUUCUCCUGUCCUUUGCUCAUAUCCGAGUUUUUCUUGGGUCAAAACAGCUCUCUAUUCUUUUGUUUGUUUCUCUCUUCUACUUGCCUUUCUCGUCCCAGCUGAAUCAAAAAGAAAGCGAAAAGCUUUUCAAGCAUCCACGAGGGCCAAAAAGAAAAACAUAAAAAAAUUCUAAUGUUGAUCGUUUCAAAACCCUGUCCUCUUUUUUGUUGCACCUCUAAAAACACACACACACACUCACUUGUUUGAUUAUUUUUUCUCCUUUUUGAAUGGCCCGCCCAUGGUUUGGUUUUCUCUUUUUUUCCUCGUGUAACAUUUGUUGUACAGUCGAAGUGAUUACUAUAAUUAACUAUAUCCCGUAAAAAAAAAAAACUAUCUUGCGCUCCACACACACAUAACACACUGAACUUGGUUGACUUAUUGCUCGUUUCAUAAUUGGCGCCGAAUUUUUUUUUCUCUUGGUAGCCAUUUUUGUACAUAACUAGUCAUAAAAAAAAAGAAAUAAUCCUAGACUUUGGAAACAUAAUUAUUUAAAUAACGCAAAAAAUAAUAUCGUUUUUUGGUAUACACUUGUGUGCGAGAGAAAAAGAAAUGAAACAGAAACUUGCCAGGGCAGGGCCAAAUUAUGAUUAAAUUAAGCUGAUAUGAUGUUGUUGUCUUUAUGAGAUUAUUGUACUGCAACCCAAAAAUUGAAUGUAAUCUAUACAACUUAAUCUAUACAACUUGCCCCACAACCCCCCCUAUGUUAUAUCCCUACCUAUUUGUGCUGUUUAUUAUCCUUACAAUAUUGCCACCAACUAGUCUGAUCAUCGAGGAGUUGAUGGUGACGACGGUGACCUCCUCCAGUAUGCCUGUGUGAGUGUGUGUAUUUGUAUAAGUGACAUAAUAGAACAUUUUGAUACCAGCAGGGACGUGGUGAAACAUGUCAAGAAACAAAAUAUUCGUCAUCUGUGCCGUUAAAUCUGAUCAAAUUUAUUAAAAUAUCUUUUUUUAUUUCAAUUUCUCCAACAGUGUGUGUGUGUGUGUCCAGCGAAAUGAUGAUGGAAAAUUACUUUGCAUUUUUUUUUUUUUUUGUUUUUCUUUUGUUUGAUAUAUGAUUGUUCUUUUUUCAUCGCAUUAAUUGCCUCUCACUGUGUCUCCGUCUCCGGUCCUCGGCCCUAAACGUCUACUCCUCUCUUAAUUUUGUCCGUUUAUUUGUUUUUUGAACAGACUGUUGUUAAAUAACUAUCUAUCUAUACCUCUUCCUCUGCCCUGCCCGUGCACGAAUCGCGUUUGUCUGUCCUGAACUAUUUUGUCACUAUGUUAUUGGAUUCAGCAAUAAUAUUACACUGAUGAUUACAAGCGGA